AUGCCUGCUUAUCACUCAUCGUUCAACGAGGAUGGCGAUGUCCGACAGGUCGGGAACAUGGCCAUCUUGCCAAUCAGGACGAGAAUCCGUGGGCCAGCUCCAAUCGCCGAUCCUUCACAAGCAGACAUAAUUGACGAAACUCUUGACCUAUUCCGUGCCAAUUCUUUAUUUCGCAAUUUCGAGAUCAAGGGCCCCGCAGACCGCACCCUCAUCGUCCUUAUCCUUUUCAUAUCUGACUGCCUCGCGAAGCUAGGCAGUGCACGGACGGUCCCUACACAAAUUGAGGCUUCAAAAUCCCUCAAUACACUCUCCGUAGACAGCUUUCCCAUUCCAGGCGACGCUCAAUUCCCCCUGAAUGCCCAUUACGCUUCACCACCUAGUCGUGCCGAUGCUGACUAUUUACGCCAAUAUUUGACCCAAGUUCGCCAAGAGUUGGCAGCCCGUUUGAUUGAAAAGCUGUAUGCAGACGGAACUGGCAAACCUAGCAAGUGGUGGAUGUCAUUCCAAAAACGACGCUUCAUGAACAGAAGUCUUGGGACUUGACCAUGUAUCAUACUCACCAUGAAUUGUAUAAUAUCCUCCUGCAUAAAAGGUGUCCAAGCUCAUUUAUUUCUCCUUU